GAGACCAGGGCCUGGAUGGGUCUGGGAGAGAGCGGACUGGGGCAGCCCCCUGCCCCCCCAGCUGCAUCUGCCUCCCCACAUCGGUCCCCGUUGUUGGUCCCUGACUCUGCUCCCACCCCAGCCAUCGGGGCCCACGCUGCCGCCACCGUGGCCCUCCUCUUCUUCCUCUUCGACCAGUGGGACAGCAGCCUCUACUGGUGGAUCUUUGCCUUCUGCAGCGCCCUGCCCGCUGCCUUCGAGAUCCUGCUCUUUGUGUCCGUCUUCGGGUUCAAGAGGAAGCCCCUGUGAGCUGGAGCCGGGGCCCCUGGGAGGUCUGUACCGCUGGCCCCAUGGGCUCUGAGCCGGGGGGUGGAUACACCGGACAGGGAGCUCGCCAGCACCCGCCGCUGCUCCUCAGCCCUACAGACCCAGCGCUGGACGGGGGCAGCUGGUGAUGGGGUGGCUGCGUGGGGCAGUCAGGCCCUGGUGCUCUGCCUCUAGGGGGCAGGGCAGAGUUAGCCCCAUAGGGGCCUGCAGUGGCCUUCCAUCGGGACACCCCAGUGG